UGCAGUCAACCAUCACAAACCAUGUAUUGUGGCUGCAGUGCGUAGUCCAACUGCAGGGCGGCGCUUUGACAUGGUUUUAAUCAAAUCGUGUGAUGAAAGCCGAGAGCAGAGCGUGGUUAUACAGAAAUAUACGUGUCGCCCUCGUCAUGCGGUUUUAGUUUGACUGAGCGUUAAAGGAAAAUAUGGCAAGACUAAUUCACUACGAUGACCAGCCCAUCAAAGUUCUUCAGUACCUGGACCAUCAGCGAAGGGCUGACAUUCUGCCCUGCGACACAAAAGUCAAGAUAGAAGGCCGACAUUUUCCCGCGCACAAAAUUGUCCUCCGUGCUUCCUCAGGAUACUUUGACACCCUGUUCAAAGCGCAAACGGGAGAAACGAGAGAAGUAGAACUUUCGGGGCUGACAACGCAAGGUUUUUCCGCCAUGUUGGAUAUGAUGUACACGUCUCAGCUCCAGAUCUCGACAGGGAACGUGAUGGAGGUACAGGUCUCUGCGAGUUACCUUCAUGUCAUGGACGUGGUGGCGGACUGCACACGGUUCCUCACCACUAGCCUGGCAUCAGGACACAUGAUGACUGACAGCACCACCGUGCAAGUCCUCCACUACCCUUCCCACCCUGCAAAACUGCUCCAACACUUUGACUCUCAAAGGAGACAACACCAGUCCUCUUGUGACAUAACCAUCAAGGUCAAAGACGAGUCCUUCCCCGCACACAAGGCCAUUCUCAUGGCCUCCUCUGGAUAUCUGCGAACCGUUCUAAGUGGUAAACAGAACAUGAACGAGGUCGAGUUACACGGACUCACGAAGGAGGGGAUUUCGGCCACAUUGGACAUGAUGUAUACAUCUCAGCUGCAGUUGUCUGCACAGAACGUAAUCGACGUACAAAUAGCCGCGAGUUAUCUUCAUAUGAUGGACGUUGUCGCAGACUGUACGCAAUUUUUACACGAGUGCAUAAGGUCAGGUUGUAUGGCUAACGAUCGCCUUGUAGACAGAUCCGGAGAUUAUGAACAUGACCUUGCAAAGCCCGAGACCACCAUUGCUGCAAGGUCGUUUCCAUCAACAACGGCUGAAAUAUCGAGAUACCAAAACGAGACUGUGAGUAAAAGUUCUCCGAUUGGAUCCACAGGAGCAACCAAUGAACACUUCCAGGCACCAUCUCCAGUACAGGGGCAUCCGAAUUGGGCAAUUGUUUCGUCAUCUUCAAGCCAUUCUAACUCUGACCGCGAAGUUGUUGUUAAGAGAGAGACGGAUGAUUGGGAAGAUGUGAUGACAAUGUCCCCUGAAGGGGCAGAACAGCAUCAGACAAACGCUGCAUACUUUGAAGACUGUAUGGAUGGUACAGGAGUUAGCCAUGGGACUCGAGAACGGAGUCAGGCGUCGCCAAUGUCCAACCUUUAUGGAAACAAUUAUCAUCAACAAGGACAGGGGAUACAGGAACUUCAGACUAACAUGGCAUGUACAGGCAGACACAGGACGUCAGGAGCCCAGUUCCAUAGUGGGUCACAUCAUCAUGAUCAGUCUGACGUGAUGCACUACAGCCGGGAACAGAUGCUCGCCAAGAACGAAACCAACAACGCCGCCAGAAACUGGUUCAGGAGAGUGGUGAGAGAGACAGUGAACAGGUAUGAGAUGACAGGCCUGAGAAGUGUUUACAUUGAUGAUGCCAUGGCAGAGGUGUUCCGUCGCUGCCCGUCCCUGAAGCCAGACGACAUCUGGGACAUCCGCAGACAGUUCAGGAACUUCCUGUCCAACAAGUCAGGACAUCAAAGCAGGAAGGAAAGAGGGUACUUGGUACCUUCCAAGAGAAUGCUAGCCCAGAGAAGAUCACAGGAGGGUGCCGACACCCCCCUCUCCCCUGCUAGUAGCGUGUCCUCUGCCAAUGUCCACUCAGGAGGGGAGGAGAGCAUAGAGUCUCAUGAACAGGAAGCUGGGGAGUCAACUGAAUGCUGAGGGAUGCUGCCGAAUAUCCAAGUCUGCUGGUCGUCGAAGAAGAGUGCAACUUUUCUUCAUUCAACACCAUGGCUAGGUGUACAUCUGCAGUGUUAGGAUACCCAAUCCUCCGGAUCAAUUUUGCAAACAAAUGACUAAACACAUAGAGUGUGGUAUACCUAACAGUAGAUCCUUCAAUAAAGGCAAUUUCCGUUAUGGCGGCCAUGUUGGAUUUCCAGGGGUCAUGGCACCAGAACGAGGCUGCAGUUGAGGAUUCUAGUAUAUAGGCUGUAUUGCAGACAUAAGUAUGCCAUCAUUGGGAGUGCAGUUCGCCCCUCUGAGGUGAAAUACUGCAGAAGAUGUGCCUGUUACCUGUAGAAAAUAUUGUUUUGGACAUUUUGAACUCGAUUUCGGUGAUAUUAUACAUUUGCAUUUUCUACUUUAACUUUGGAAUAGAAUUUGGUAUUCUGCAAUAAAAUGCUAUGGGGAACAGAGAUGUAUGGAAGGACCUGGUCAGGGAAGCCCGCCCCUGAUGAUGAUGAUGACAACAAUUGCAAUGGUAUUCGUUUUUCAAUUUACGACAAAUUUGCUGAUUUUGUUGCUGCUUUGUAUGAUGUACAGUAUACGUAUGACCGAAAACUUUUGUUGUAAAGGGAAGAAUUUUAUAAUGGAGAUACAAUAUUGUGUAUAGUUUUUCACUUUCAGAAUUGGCAAUACACAUGAACGUGAAUAUGAUGAUGUUAAUGACCUGUUCGAGGGU